AUGCAAUUCGAUUGGGAUAACUUAGAAAGAAAUACGAUGCGUCAACUUAAAGCUGAAGCUGAUGCUCUAUCUAUAUUCAUUCCUCAUAGAUCAACAAAAACGGAUAUUAUUAGAAUAUUAGAAAGUCAAAGAUCAAAUCUUGAAACACCUCUUGAACGGCCACUCCUUUCUAAAGGAAAUUAUAUCGAAAAUUAUUCUCCACCUGAAAAAAUUGAUAUACAUCAAUCAGCAUUAGACUCAAUGAAAAGAAAUUAUUUGCCAUCAGUACCAAAAGAUAUAAUUGCAGACGUUAUUGUUAAUUCCAAGUCCCCUUACCAAAAAGAUAUUCAUUUUUCACCAAGUAUCGGCUCUCCAACGUUAGUUCCACUUUCAUCCCCAAUUCUCAAGUCACCAAGUAUUGCUGAUAGAUUUGUUCCAACAAUGCUAAAUGAAGAAUCUACAGGUUCAAAUUCAGCUAUAAUGUCUGCCGAUUCAUCUCGAGCACAAUCACCACUGAUAUUUACGCAGCCUAAAACAACGUUAUCUACUUCUAAAGAAAGAAUUAUGUCUCCACUUGUUACGAAUGAAAGAUCAAUCACUCCAAUUCACGUUCCUCAAACAAGAGGCAAUGGAAAUUAUAAUAUAAGUGGUAUAACAAAAUUAUUCUAUCAUUCUUCUUGGAUUUUGGCAAUUGUUACAUUUUUGGCUUCAUUUUUCGUUGGAGAAGCAAUAUUUGCCACUCCCUUAUUCAUGUUAUUGUUCCUUCUUUUUUAUAUUAUUCGAUCUAUCGAAAUUAAUUCAAAAGCUCGAAAAUUAGUUCAAGCUUCAUAUAAUGUUCCAGAUCCAGCCUUACUCCAGAUUACUUUUAAGCCUGAUAAAGCUAUUCUCAGGAAAGCUGUUACUCUUAUGCAAAGAAAAUAA